UUGAGGAGGUGGGCUGAGCCGAGCGGAGCCGAGCCGAGGGUCUGCUGCUGUCGGAAUUCAUCAAGUUUCCCCUCGUUCACCAACCUUUGAUUAACAAUGUCACAGCCACAGCAGGGCAGCACUCUGACCCUGGUGCUCAUGGUUGUUGCUGCAGGCACUGGAGGAACUCUUCUGUAUGGCUACAACCUGGCCAUAAUGAACGCACCUACAACCUAUAUUCAAGCCUUUAUCAAUGAGACGGUGCUACAGCGCUGGGACGUGCAGCUGGAGGACUACCAGGUGACGCUGGUCUGGACAAUCAUUGUCUCCAUCUUCUCACUGGGAGGCCUCGCAGGCGCUCUUAUAGCCGGACCUAUGACCAUACGCUACGGAAGGAAGAAGUGUCUUCUGAUGAACAACGUCUUCCUCAUGACCGGCGCUCUCCUAGCUGUGACCAGCAGAGCGGCCGGGUCUUUUGAGAUGAUCAUCAUCUCGCGGGUCCUGGUUGGAAUUAACUCUGGAAUCAGCAUGAACGUGCAGCCUAUGUAUUUUGGAGAGAGUGCACCGAAGCACUUGCGUGGGGCCGCGUCACUGUCUUCGGCUGUAUUUGCAGCAUUUGGUGUGAUGUUGGGUCAGGUGGUGGGACUCAGAGAGAUUUUGGGCAGUGAGCCGUGUUGGCCCUACCUUCUUGCCAGCAACGCCGUUCCUGGCCUCAUUCAGCUCCUGACCCUGCCGUGGUUCCCAGAAAGCCCCAGAUACCUGCUGAUCGACAGGGGCGACAAGGAGGCCUGCAUCAACGCUCUGAGACGUCUCCGCGGCUGUGAAGUCAAGAGCAGCGAGCUCAAUGAGAUUCUGGAGGAACAGGCUGAAACCAAAGGCAUGAGGCCCAAACGACCCUGGGAGCUGUUCACUGAUCGCUCUGUUCGCUGGCAGCUCAUCUCCGUCAUGGUCAUCAGCAGCGCCAUGCAGCUGUGUGGCAACGACUCGAUUUACUUCUACGCAUCGUAUGUGUUUAAAGAAGCUGGAAUAGCCGAAGACCAAAUCCAGUACAUUACCAUUGGCACUGGUACAUGUGAGUUCAGCGCCUGUAUAAUGUGUAACCUGCUGGUCGAGCUUAAAGGCCGGAGGUUCAUGCUGAUGGGCGGGUUCAUCCUCAUGACCGUGUGGGCGGUGGUCUUCACGAUCGCUCUGUCAUUUGAGCACCUUGCAUCCUGGAUGCAGUACAUGAGCAUGGGCUGCAUCUUCACCUACAUCCUCAGCUUUGGCAUGGGACCUGCUGGAGUGACCGGCGUUCUGCCCACAGAGAUCUUCAAUCAGGCCGCUCGUCCCGCGGCCUACAUGAUCGCUGGCUCCAUGAUGUGGCUCAACCUCUUCAUCACUGGAAUGGUCUUCCCUUUUCUAGUGAGCGAGCUGAGCCAGUACUGUUUCGUGCCGUUCGCAGCCGUCUGCCUGUUAUCUGCAAUCUAUGUCGGCCUAUUUCUGCCCGAGACCAAGGGCAAGACUCUAUCAGCCAUCACCAGCGAAUUCAACAAACUCAACUUUAAAGGCCUGGAGCAGGACUGUCCCUCACACACUGAAGCCCAGUAUCAGCUGGGUGAAGUGUGUCAUUCCACGUCCUUGUAGACAAACUAACGGUCACACUCGCUGUGUGCCUCACUUUUCCUGGACGGGAGAACGAUACGUAUAGUCCAACUUUCAUAUCACUGAAAGUGACCCUCUGCUAUUACUCCUUUAUCUGGAGUGUGUUUUCUAUGCUCAUUAGUAGGAAAUAUUCCUAUGUUUUGAUACUAUUCAGCAAACUCUGAAAAUCAAUUGGAUAAAUAGGAAGAAUUUCAAUAGACUGAAAACAUGAUUUUAAAAUAAAACUUCACAUUUCAGUUUAUUUCAGGAAAUAAACGUCAAUCAAUUAAAUCAAUUUUAUACAUAUAUAUUCAUUUUAUAUUUGACAGAUUUUCUUGUUUAAUGGGACCAAGGUGGCUGAUGGUUGCCUUUAUCUAUGAACUGUAUUCAUAGGUGAAGUAAGACCUUGAAUCCAAAGUGUAUAUGUAGCAUUGUGUUCACCUCAUUUAUGAAAAUGGUACUAUGAUGCUGCGCAUCAAUACUUUUAAUACAAAGUGAAAUGAGUAACUCACUGUGUGUAUGUGAAUGGAAAAUGUUUAAUUGUAUAUGUUGAAUAUGAAGUCAUUAUUUUGUG